GCUCUGUUGCCGGAGUAACCGGGCGUCGGGGUUGAGGUGGUGUCUUCCUGUGGCAACGCUACCUAUUCCCCUGUGCCGAGAUCCUGAGGCUAUGAAUCACGGGGAAAGAUUCGUUUUCAUUGCCGAGUGGUAUGAUCCGAAUGCUUCACUUUUUCGACGUUAUGAACUUUUAUUUUACCCAGGGGAUGGAUCUGUUGAAAUGCACGAUGUGAAGAAUCACCGCACCUUUUUAAAGCGGACCAAAUAUGAUGAUCUUCACUUGGAAGAUUUAUUUAUAGGCAACAAAGUGAACGUCUUUUCUCGACAGCUGGUGCUAAUUGACUAUGGGGAUCAAUACACAGCUCGCCAACUGGGCAGUAGGAAAGAAAAAACGUUGGCUCUGAUUAAACCAGAUGCAAUAUCAAAAGCUGGAGAAAUAAUUGAAAUGAUAAACAAAGCCGGAUUUACUAUAACCAAACUCAAAAUGAUGACGCUUUCAAGGAAAGAAGCAACAGAUUUUCAUAUAGACCAUCAGUCAAGGCCCUUUUUAAACGAGCUGAUCCAGUUUAUUACGAGUGGUCCUAUUAUCGCCAUGGAGAUUUUAAGAGACGAUGCUAUAUGUGAAUGGAAAAGACUGCUCGGACCUGCGAACUCUGGUCUGGCACGUACGGAUGCUCCUGGAAGCCUGAGAGCCCUUUUUGGAACCGAUGGCAUAAGAAAUGCAGCUCAUGGCCCUGACUCUUUUGCUUCUGCUGCCAGAGAAACGGAGUUAUUUUUUCCUUCGAGUGGAGUUUGUGGACCCGCGAACACCGCUAAAUUUACCAAUUGCACCUGUUGCAUCAUUAAGCCCCAUGCUAUCAGUGAAGGACUCCUGGGAAAGAUCCUCAUGGCUAUCCGGGAUGCAGGUUUUGAAAUCUCAGCUAUGCAGAUGUUCAACAUGGAUCGAGUUAACGUUGAAGAGUUUUAUGAAGUUUAUAAAGGAGUAGUGUCUGAGUAUAAUGAGAUGGUGACAGAAAUGUAUUCCGGCCCUUGUGUAGCCCUGGAGAUUCAACAGAAUAAUCCUACAAAGACAUUUCGAGAAUUCUGUGGACCAGCUGAUCCUGAAAUUGCCCGGCAUUUACGCCCUGGAACGCUCAGAGCAAUCUUUGGUAAAACUAAGAUCCAGAACGCUGUCCACUGUACUGAUCUACCAGAGGAUGGCCUAUUAGAGGUACAGUACUUCUUCAGGAUCCUGGAUAACUAGCAGUAGAAGAAGCAAAGAAGUCACAGGCUGGGGCAGUCAGACAAGACCGAAUCAGGCACAGGAGGAACGUGUUCAUUCUUUUAUUGUCCAUUGUUUUAAC